AUUUCUCAUCUAAUGCUGUUUGUAAAUGCUGCUGCCCGGUUAAUAAUAAGAAUGUCUAUGCCCAACUCAGAGAAUGCCUCCACCCUGGAGAGCGCCAUGCAGCUCUUGAUCCAGACCUUCCAUAAGUAUUCUGGAAACGAGGGCGACAAAUACACACUGAGCAGGGCCGAGCUCAAAGAGAUGCUCACCACAGAGCUUGGCAACUACCUGGGGAACGCCCAGGAUAAGGAGGCCGUGGAUAAGGUCAUGGGGGACCUAGAUUCCAACAACGAUGGGGAGGUAGACUUCACUGAGUUCAUCAUACUGGUUGGAGCUCUCACUGUGGCCUGUAACGACUUCUUCUUGGAGUACAACGACAAGCCAGAGAAGAAGAAGUGAACGCAGCCUCUGCAUGAAGACGUCCACACAGCAUGCACACUCACACUCAAACACACACACAUGCUCCGGGGAGUAAACACCUUACACAGGAGAGAUGGAGCUCCUGUUGCGCACAAACACACACAUUUAAAGUCUUCAAUCAGCAGUAAAUGUUAAGUGUUUGUGUAUUUGUCUGGAGAGUUAACGUCAGUUUCAGCAUCUGUCAUUGUUAAUUAUGUGAAUACAUCUCUCUUUCUUUGUCUUCUUUUGUGUUUUGUAACUUAUCAAAGCAAAGGAAUGUCUCCCUGGAAAGAAUAAAUGUGAACUUGAAUCAAA